GGGCAUCCGGAUUUCGCACUCCGAAAGUCAAAGAGAAGCUUCAGCCGCUCAGCCCAGAAGGAACUGAUUCUGGGCAGGAGAGGGUGAAGCAAAUCUCGGUUCUGCCCACCUCCUUCCCACCAUCACUCCAACUCCAACCCAGACUGGAAGGACGUAGGACCCAGGAACCAGGACUCAGCAGCUAGUUCUGUUUCCCAGAAAACAAAACAAAACAAAACAAGGGCAAAAGAAGCCCCACCAGCCCGUCCCUUUGAGCCUCAUGGCUGGCCUGAGCCCAACGCAGCUACGGAAGUUCCAGGAGGAUGGAUUUCUGGUCCUGGAAGGGAUAUUUCCCCCCAAGGAGUGUGAUAUCAUGAGGGAGCAAAUCCAGAAGAUCGUAGCAGAAAUGGAAGUCCCAUCUCACUGUCGCAUUGAAUUCUCUACUCAGGCAGAGGAACAGCUUCGAACCCAGAGCAAUACAGACUACUUUCUGACCAGUGGAGACAAGAUCAGGUUCUUCUUUGAAAAAGGAGUGUUUGACAAGGAAGGCAAUUUUCUAUUCCCGCCAGAGAACUCUAUCAAUAAAAUUGGUCAUGCUCUGCAUGCCUUUGACCCUGUCUUUAAGCGCAUUACCCACUCACCUCAGGUGCAGGAGUUGGUCAAGAGUCUGGGGCUUGAGGUACCUGUGGUAGUUCAAAGCAUGUACAUCUUCAAGCAACCACACUUUGGUGGGGAAGUCACCCCACACCAGGAUGCCACCUUCCUCCACACUGAGCCACUGGGCCGAGUACUGGGAAUUUGGAUUGCCCUGGAGGACUCGACCCUGGAGAACGGCUGCCUCUGGUUCAUCCCUGGCUCACACACUGGUGGCAUUUUCCGGAGGAUGGUACGGGUGCAGACUGACUCUGUGGGCAUCACCAGCUUCAUAGGCUCUGAACCAGUAUAUGAAGAUAGCCGUUUCAUCCCUACGCCCAUCCAGAAAGGAGGUCUCAUCUUGAUACAUGGAGAGGUCGUUCACAAGAGUGAACUGAACUGCUCCGCACAUUCUCGCCAUGUAUACACCUUCCACAUCAUGGAAUCCAAGGGCACUAACUGGAGCCAGGAUAACUGGCUUCAGCCAACACCAGAGCUGCCUUUCCCCCUACUGUAUACCUAAUGGCAAUCAGUAAAAUGGAUUUCCCUGCCUUUCCAGGCCUGAUGCUGCUUCUGUCCUCUGGGGAACAUGGGCCUUGUUUCUAUCCUGGACAACUAUCACCUCUGCCUCUCUUCUUGGGAUCGACACCUGGAAAACCCUCAGAUUCACUUGAAAGAGGAAGAAAGCAGCUUGGUGUGUGGAGGUGGGGGUGGAGCGAGGGAAGGCUCUACAGGAGGGGAGAGGGAAGAAGACAUAAGUGAAGGUCAUCUAGAGUGACAAUCAUCAAUUAAAAAUUAUCAAAUGCAUAGUAGGUACUUUCUAGUGUACUUUAUCAAACCAAGCAGCUGUGAUGAUAAGAAUAAAAAUGUUACACCAGUCCUA